AUGUCGUAUACUAUCGAAAAGAAGACGUGUGCUGCUUACGGGCCCCGGGCGCCCCGGCUGACGAUUUUGCCCCUGGACCGGCUUGUCCAGGUCUACAACAAGUACAAAUCGACCGUCCCCCCCCAGCCAGGCCAGGUUCAGCUCCUGUUUGUGUUUUCCCACGGCACGGGGAUGAAUAAGCUGGUGUGGCACUACCACAUCGACCAGCUCUUCCAGAAGUCCCAGCGGCCUAAUCUGGGCUACUACAUCGACGUGUGUGUCUCGGUUGACGCUGUGUCUCAUGGCGAUUCCGCUUUGGCCAACGAGGGUAAGAUUGGCCCCGUCUACUGGUGGGACGAGCUGGGGCGCGACUUAUUGGCGGUGAUACGCCAUGAGAAUGAGGUGGGGGACUUAGUCAGUGCUCCCGACCGGAGAAUCAUUACCGUGGGCCACUCGUUGGGUGGUAACGCGGCGUUUAUGGCUGGUUUCUUUGACCCCAAUGUCGUCGACUGUGCCGUCACCGUCGACGCCGUAUUGUAUACGGAACCGCUGAUGCGGCCUCGCUUCACCAAGAUCUUUAAAAAGAUCGCCGGUUUACUCAUUGACCGCUUCGACACCGAGGAUGAAGUGAAAUUGUUCUACGAUAUGCUGUUUUACAACACGAUGGAUAAGCGCGUUUUGAACGACUUUGUCGCCGACGAAAUCGUUACCGUGGUUGAUGAUGACGAGGAAGUGAGCUACCGGACGAAGGCGUCGAAGUUCGCUCAGAUGGCGACUUAUUUGGGACUGGCUUAUUCGUUAAAUUUGACGAUGCACGCUAUUCAAUCGUACCGUACUUCAGUGUGUCACGUUACCGGUAACCAAGCCACGUGGAACCCGCCUCAGCUGAAGCCGUGGGUCAGAUCUAACCUCCCCGAGGGGAAGCUUGUGAAAACCGCCGAUAUCGAUGGCACACAUUUGGUACACGGUGAUAACCCUGACGGAAUGGUCCAAGUGUUAGUGGAACUUGCUCAAGAUAGAACUAAAGUGGCGCAAACGAAUAUCGACCAGCUUAAGCUGCAAGGUAGUGACAGAGCUAAACUCUUGGAAGUGUCCGAAGAGAAGUUAUAUGCUGCUGAUCUCGUCGAAGUCGCCGCCGCCACCGCCAAGCUCUAG